AUGACAGUCGCAAUACAUCAAACAGCAGGGCCCUAUACCUGGCACAAGCAUUUUCCGAUCGCCCGAAAGGGCCUUAGUCAAUCGCCGAUCACCAUCGUUCCGCGUAAGACGGAGUACGACGAUGCUCUCACGGGCAUUCCCCUUUGGGUCUCCUACCGAGAGGAAGAAGAUGUCAAGCUGAAGAACAACGGACACAGCUUAGAAUUUGACCGGCGGUCACUUGUCAACAAGCAGUUCAGAUUGGCACAGUUCCACCUGCACUGGGGAGCAGACGACACACGGGGAUCGGAGCAUACGAUUGACUGGAAGCAGUUCGCAGCCGAGCUUCACCUCGUCCACUGGAACACGAAGUAUGGCAGCUUCGCGGGGGCUGUUGACAAGAGUGACGGACUUGCCGUUCUCGGGGUUAUGAUCAAGACUGGCAAGGAACAUCCCUUUUUCUCCGUCGUGUCGGACAACGUAUACAGAUUGAUUCAACCUGGUAGCAUGGUGACCGUCCUCAGCUCCCUCGACCCUACCGACCUGUUGCCAGCCAACAUCAUGGACUACUGGACGUACGAGGGCUCUCCCACAACCCCGCCUCUCUAUGAAAGUGUCCAGUGGAUUGUCUUCAAAAGAGCCGUAGAGUUCUCUUCCGAUCAGCUGGCCGCUCUUCGGAGACUCAUUGAUUCAGAUCGCAACCAAAUGCAGGACAACUUCCGACCUCCCCAACCACUAAAAGGGAGAAACGUCAGGGCCGCCUUUCAAUGGAACCUUGUGUAA